UACAUAAAAUGGACAGAGUCCUUCAUGUAUUGAUGUUUCCAUGGCUGGCGCAGGGCCACAUCUCCCCUUUUCUUGAGUUAUCCAAGAGACUUGCAGAUCAGGGGUUGAAGAUCUCUUUUCUCUCCACCCCGCCCAAUAUUUCGAAGAUAAAGUACUCACUAGAUGAAAAGUGGGUUGGCAAGGUCGAUAUGCUAGAGCUGCCUCUACCCUCUGUAGAGGGUCUCCCUCCUGAAGCCGACAACACCGCCGAUAUUCCCAUCGAAAUGGCAGAUCUGUUGAAGAUACCUCUUGACGGCCUCCAGAAUCCCUUUGAACACCUUCUGCGCCGGAUUCGACCGGACUAUAUAAUUCAUGAUUUUUCCCAGCACUGGACCGCCACGCUAGCCGCCAAGUUUGGUAUCCCCGCCCUUUAUUUCUGCAUCUUCAGUGCCUCGGCCAUUGGUUAUCUGGGUGUACCAAGCAGAGACAAGGCUGAGAAAACUACUGUACAGGAUUUGACCACACCGCCCCAGGGUUAUCCAUCGUCUGUCGUAGCUUUCAACCGAUUUGAAGCGAGCUCAAUCUUACCUGCGUAUAAUGGCCACGGUGGAGAAGAUGUCACAGUUAUAAAUCAGUUUUUCAGAUCUAUGGAGGCGUGUAAACUUAUGCUCGUCAGAUCAUCCUUUGAAUUGGAGAGCCAGUAUAUCCAUUAUCUGGAGGUGGAGCACAAAAAGCGUGUCAUUCCUGUCGGUCUUCUUCUAACGGAGACUUUCCCGGCGAGGGAUCAGAACGAGUGUCUGAGAUGGCUCGACAAUUAUCCGCCUAAUUCUGUUGUUUACGUCUCGUUUGGGAGCGAGUGCUUUCUGUCGAAGGAGCAGGUUGGUGAGCUGGCAAAGGGGCUGGAGGAGAGCCAUGUCCCAUUUCUGUGGGUUCUGCGCUCCCCUCGCUACAACGACGAUUCUACGUUAUCAACAGAAGAAAGACCGAGGGCUUUACUGCUGGAGGGGUUGGAGGAACGGACGAGGGAGAGGGGUGUGGUGUACGGCAAGUGGGCACUGCAGCAGCAGAUUAUUUGCCACUCUUCGACGGGAGGGUUUGUGAGCCACUGCGGGUGGAGCUCUGUGUUGGAAGCGCUGAGGUUCGGGGUGAAGAUAAUAGCGCUGCCGAUGCACAUUGAUCAGGGACUCGACGCCCGGCUGGUGGCUGAUGAACUUCACAUUGGCAUGGAGAUUGGGAGGGAAGAAGAUGGGGGUUUCAAAGCGGAGGAAAUUAGGAGAUGUGUGAGGGAUGUUAUGGUGGGCGACGAGGGACAGUGUGUGGCAGAGAAUAUGUAGAAGAUAAGAGAGAGGUUGUUUGGGAAGGAGGAAAUCCAAGGGAGUUAUAUAAGCGAGUUUCUUAAGCACCUUCUCUAGUUGUGACUCACAGCCAAUGUUCUUAUAAAUCUCUACCGUGUCUCUAAAGAUCGAAGGGUUUCAGAACUCCAGUUUGAUCCAUGUCAUAUU